UGGACAUGCCGCAAUGUGGGAACAAGUCGAAGUGCGCGGCGACAUUGUUGGCUUGCCGCUGCGGCUCCGCGUGCGCUUCAUUCACGAUGGUACAUGCAGCGUGGAGGUAAUGGAUUGUCCUGACGAGGUCGGGUUCGAUAACAUUGCCAUUUGGGACACGAGCUACUGUGUCCGCCAACGCACCAAGCAUCUCCAAGGUUUCAUCAGCAUCGCAGCAGGACCGGUCGUGGCCCAGCUGCGCUUCGUCGGCAAUUACGAUCCCGACGACGGGACGCUCAUCGGCAAGUGGUUUGAUUGCCUUCAUGUGGACCACACCACUGGCGAAUUCCACUUUGAACGGACCGAUGGCCCUACACGUCCCCCCAAUCGCGAGUUUGACGAGAAUUUGGCUUCCCUCACACCCCUCGUCCCAGGCCAAUAUCUCUUUCGCGGCGCUGCCGUCGGCGGAAACGGUCGCAUUUACCAUUCCCGAAUGGUGAUCCAACUCCGAAUCGAUGGUACCGUCACCGGCACAGUCCAGGAACGCCUGUACCCUCAGACCUGUAUCAUCACCGGUCAGUGGUCGGCACACCAACUCGGCUGGCAUAUGAAAUACGCUGCCGAUGGCAAUGUUUCCGAGUACUUAUACUACGGCACCCCGACGCGGCGGCAGCUCCGCGGGCUCUGGCAACUGGCCGAAGUGGACUCUGUCGAGUCGUUGGCGCGAGAAAGCGGCCACUUUGACUAUGCCCUGGUCGCUGCGCAUCGCCAGUGGAGCCGCGACGUCCACCACACGUUCCCCACCGCGUUUCGACGAGUCGCCCGCACGGUUCUGCUGUCGAAACCAACCAACUCGUCGACGCACGCUCCAAGCAGGUCUAGACCUGGUGUGCUCCUGCCCGCGGAUAUUUGGUGUCAAGUGUUCUCAUUCGUGCACUCGGAAUGGUGGACACCUUUGUAGCUUUUCCUGCCAUCGCAUCUUGUCCAGAACAUCGCCGCAUCCAGACUCCCCUUGCCGCUGAAGUGCCAUGCAGACCGUCAGCCAGCGUACACCUUGAGAUGGGGGGCGCAAUCCUUGCAUGGCUGGCCAUGCAGCGGCCAAAAAUACAAUAGGGCUUGCGCGACGUCGCCAUGGAUGCUCUCAUAGCCCUUCAACUCCAUAUAAAAAAAGCGUCGAGACAAGUGCCGACUCG